UAUAAACGUAAUAAAAGCCUCCAGCUGCUGUUUUAACCUCUGACCCCUCAGACUGAUCCCGCGGGUCCCCGAGCCUCCGCUUGAACCACUGCUCCAUGUCUGUGCGCGUGCCCUGAGUGCUUCCACAUUUGCGCGUGCCUUCGGUAGAAACCUGGCCGGGAUCCAGGAAGCAGCCAAUCAGAGGGCUGCUGGCGGAAAACACGGCGGUCAGGAAGAACCGGUCCGGACGGAUUGGGUUCACCACCUGCUGGCGCUCCUGGUUCUACUCCCGGCUUGGUUCCGGUUCGUCUGGGCCGCAUUAGACCGUCUGACCCGGAGAGAGAGGCGGUACCGACGGACAGCGGGAGGCAGCACCUGAGCCGAUCCCGACAAAGUGAGCGAAACUCCGGCGAACACCUGCUGGUAUUGGUCGAACCGGAACCGGGUGCCCCGCAGCGGGUCCAGAACCGAUCCGGAUCAGAGGGACUCGGUGGACUCCUGAUGGGGGUCAGAGGUCACUUCUAGACGGUUUACGGGUCUGGGAGGAAGAAUGUCUGUGAACGAGCUGUUCACCAAGCUGACCCGGGUCUGGGUCCCGGACCCGGACGAUGUGUGGAAAGCUGCAGAAAUCACCAGGGACUACAAGGAGGGCGAGGCGGUUCUGCACCUGCAGCUGGAGGACGGGACGCCCCUGGAGUACCAGGUGGGUCCGAAGGCCAACGCUCUGCCAUUCCUCAGGAAUCCCGACAUCCUGGUGGGGGAGAACGACCUGACGGCUCUCAGCUACCUUCAUGAACCCGCCGUGCUGCACAACCUGAGGGUCCGCUUCCUGGAGUCCAACAACAUCUACACCUACUGCGGUAUCGUCCUGGUGGCCAUCAACCCGUAUGAGCAGCUGCAGAUCUAUGGGGAGGAGGUGAUCACCGCCUACAGCGGUCAGAACAUGGGGGACAUGGAUCCUCAUAUCUUCGCCGUGGCUGAGGAAGCAUACAAACAGAUGGCCAGAGACGAGAAGAACCAGUCGAUCAUUGUGAGUGGAGAAUCUGGAGCAGGGAAGACUGUUUCGGCGAAGUACGCCAUGAGAUACUUUGCUACGGUGGGCGGCUCCUCCAGCGAUGCUAACGUGGAGGAGAAGGUUCUGGCCUCCAAUCCCAUCAUGGAGGCCAUCGGGAACGCCAAAACCACCCGAAACGACAACAGCAGCCGCUUCGGCAAGUACAUUCAGAUCGGCUUCAGCAGACAUUACCACAUCAUUGGAGCCAACAUGAGGACCUACCUGCUGGAGAAGUCCCGCAUUGUCUUCCAGGCUGAAGACGAGAGGAACUACCACAUCUUCUACCAGCUAUGUGCCUCAGCCAGCCUGCCAGAGUUCAAAGACCUCAGUCUCAUGAGUGCAGAAGACUUCACCUACACAUCUCUAGGAGACAACAUCUUCAUCGAGGGAGUCAACGAUGCUGAUGACUUCAAGAAGACAAGAGAGGCUUUCACACUGCUGGGCAUAAAGGAGAGCAGUCAAAGCAGCAUCUUUAAGAUCAUGGCCUCCAUCCUUCACCUUGGCAACGUGGAGAUCGUCUCUGAGCGGGACGGAGAGUCCUGCCACAUCGCAAGAAAUGAUGUUCACCUGCAGCACUUCUGCAGACUGCUGGGUGUGGAGCUGAAGCAGAUGGAUCACUGGCUCUGCCACCGGAAGCUGGCCACCGCCUCUGAGACGUUUGUAAAGACCAUGUCCUGCCAGCAGGCCGUCAACGCCCGCAACGCCCUCGCCAAGCACGUCUAUGCCCACCUCUUUGACUGGAUCGUGGAGCACAUCAACAAGGCGCUGCACACCUCCACCAAGCAGCACUCCUUCAUCGGGGUUCUGGACAUCUACGGGUUCGAGACGUUUGAGGUCAACAGUUUUGAGCAGUUCUGCAUCAACUACGCCAACGAGAAGCUGCAACAGCAGUUCAACUCACAUGUCUUCAAGCUGGAGCAGGACGAGUACAUGAAGGAGGACAUUCCCUGGACACUCAUCGACUUCUACGACAACCAGCCCUGCAUCGACCUGAUCGAGGCCCGGCUCGGCAUCCUGGACCUGCUGGACGAGGAGUGCAAGGUUCCAAAGGGAACGGAUCAGAACUGGGCCCAGAAGCUCUACAAGCAGCACUCCAGCAGCGGACACUUCCAGAAACCCAGAAUGUCCAACACGUCCUUCAUCAUCAUCCACUUCGCUGACAAGGUGGAGUAUCAGUGCGAAGGCUUCCUGGAGAAGAACAGAGACACCGUCUACGAGGAGCAGAUCAACAUCCUGAAAGCCAGCGAGUUCCAGCUGGUUGCUGAUCUGUUCCAAGACAAGAGCGACGCUCCGCCCUCCAAAGCCUCCAAGGUGAAUGUCCGCCCCCUGAAAACGGUUCCCAAAGUCCCCAACAAGGAGCACAGGAAGACUGUGGGACACCAGUUCCGCUCGUCGCUCCACCUCCUGAUGGACACCCUGAAUGCCACGACACCUCACUACGUACGCUGUAUCAAGCCGAACGACUUGAAGGAGGCCUUCUCGUUCGACUCCCGGCGGGCCGUGCAGCAGCUCCGGGCCUGUGGGGUUCUGGAGACGAUCCGGAUCAGCGCCGCCGGAUACCCGUCCAGGUGGACCUACCCUGACUUCUUCAGCCGGUACUGGGUUCUGAUGAGGAAGUCGGACCUGAUGUCAGCAGACAAGAAGCAGGUGUGCAAGAACCUACUGGAGACACUGAUCAAGGAACCCGACAUGUUCCAGUUUGGGAAGACGAAGAUCUUCUUCCGGGCCGGCCAGGUGGCCUACCUGGAGAAGCUUCGGACUGAUAAAUUCCGCUCUGCCUGCAUCAAGAUCCAGAAGACGGUCCGCGGCUGGCUGCAGAGGAUCCGGUACCACCGGGUCCGCCGGGCCGCCAUAGCCCUGCAGAGAUACGGCCGAGGUUACCUGGCCCGCAGGUAUGCAGAGUUCCUGCGUCAGAACCGGGCCGCCCUGAUCUGUCAGAAACAGUACCGCAUGGUCCGAGAGCGGCGGGAAUUCCUGAGGAUCCGGCGGGCCACGGUCACCAUCCAGGCCUACGCCCGAGGCAUGUUCACCCGCAGGAUCUUCUGGGAGUUCAUGCUACACCACAAGGCCAUGCUGAUCCAGAAGCACGUGCGCGGCUGGCUGCAGAGGAAGAAGUUCAGGCGGGCGCUCGACGCCGCCAUCAUCAUUCAGUGCGCCUUCAGGAGGAUGCAGGCCAAGCGACAGCUGAAGCAGCUGAAGAUCGAAGCGCGCUCCGUUAAGCCCCCCGAGAAGCUCAACACGGGCAUGGAGAACAAGAUCGUCCAACUGCAGAGGAAGAUGGACGAGCAGUCCAAGGAGCUCAAGACCCAGAACGAGCAGCUGGUGACGGCGAAUGCCUCGCUGGGGUCAGAGGUCACCAAGUUGCAGAAGCAGUUAGAGCAGAUCCGCAGCCAGCAGCCUGACGGAGGCCAGGUGGAGUCGCUGCAGGAGGAGGUGGAGAGGCUGCGGGAGGAGCUACAGGAGGCGCAGGCCCACAGGAAGAGGAUGGAGGAGGAGCACAGCAACGAGAAGCUCAGCCUGAGCCAGCGGGUGGAGAAGCUGGAGGCAGAAAACACUCUGCUGAAGGCGGAGAAGGACGAACUGAACCGACGGAUCCAGCAGCAGGCCAAGAACUCUGCAGCUGAAGAGAGCAGCGCCUCCCUGGAGACGGAGCUGAACCAGCUGCGGGAGCGGUACCAGGACCUAAUCAAGGAGUACUCCAGGCUGGAGCUGAGAUACGACAACCUGAAGGAGGAGAUGGCUCUGAGCAAGUUCCAACCCGGCCACCACAGGAAUCCGUCCAACCAGAGCAGCCUGGGGUCGGACUCUAACUACCCGUCUGUGGACAAAUAUGUCGGAGAAACCGAGGACCUCAUCAAUCAGGUGGACAAGGGGGGAGUAGAGGUCGCCGCCACGGACAUCAGCCUGGUCAUGAAGCUGCUGAUACGAGUGAGGGAGCUGGAGGCGGAGAGGAAGAGGCUGCAGGUCAACCUGGAGAAGAUGGAGGAGCUGGCCAAGGGCAAGGGUCUGGAGCCCAAGACCCCAACACCUGAUGUGGCAACGGGAGAUCAGGUCUACAACAUCAUUAAGAUACAGGAGCUCGAAACUGAGAACAAGAAACUGAAGAACGACCUGAACGAGCUGAGGAAGACCAUCGCCGAGCGGGCGUCGCAGGACGGCUCGUCCAAUGAGCUGCAGGACGGAUACAACCUGCUGCUCAGUCAGCUGAAGUCGGUCAACGAGGAGCUGGACGCCUGGAAGGAGGAGGUGCUCAUCCUCAGGACUCAGAUCGUCAGCAACGCCGAGAAGAACAGUGAACCCAACGAAAGCGAGGAGGACGGUGGACUGAACAGCAGCAAGGAGCCGCUGGACAAAGAGGAGGCCCUCAAAGCGUACCAUGGACUGUGUGAGUCCAAGAAACUGCUGGAGGCCCAGCUGCAGACCCAAACCCGGCAGCACCGGGACGAGCUGGAGGCUCUGCACACCCAGAUCGAGCUGCUGAAGGACGACCUGGAGAAGAAGCAGGAGCUGCUCAACUACAUGUCUGCUCUGUCCCCUGAGGCCAAGGUGGACUACACCGUCCAGCAGGAGCUCACACGGCUCACCAACAGCAACCUGGAACUCAAGGGCAUGGUGGAGAAGAUGGAGAAGAAUGAGAGGAAGCUGAGGAAGCAGCUGAGGAUCUACAUGAAGAAGGUCCAGGAGCUGGAAGCUCAAGCAGCGGCUCAUGAUGUCGAUCAGAACAAGGAUGAAAAGAACCAGAUGAUCCGCCAUGAGAUCACCAUUAGGAAGAACAAGGACUUCAAGGGGAUGCUGGAGUACCUGAAGGAGGACGAGGCCCGGCUCAUCAAGACCCUCAUCACAGACAUCCGACCCAGCACCGUGUCGGCCACCGUCCCCUGCCUCCCCGCCUACAUCCUCUUCAUGUGCAUCCGCCACGCCGACUACAUCAACGACGACCAGAAGGUCAUCUCUCUGCUCACCUCCAGCAUCAACGCCAUCAAGAAGGUCCUGAAGAGGAACAACGACGACUUUGAGAUGAUCUCGUUCUGGUUGGCCAACAGCAGCCGCCUGCUGCACUGCCUGAAGCAGUACAGCGGUGAGGAGGCCUUCAUGACCCAGAACACGCCCAAGCAGAACGAGCACUGCCUGAAGAACUUUGACCUGGCCGAGUACCGGCAGAUUCUGAGCGACCUGUCCAUCCAGAUCUACCAGCAGCUCAUCAAGGUGGCCCAGGGCAUCAUCCAGCCCAUGAUCGUGUCGGCCAUGUUGGAGAGCGAGAGCAUUCCCAGCCUGGCCGGAGUCAAGUCCAUGGGCUACAGGAACCGCUCGUCCAGCAUGGACACGGACGCGGACGGGCCCACCAGCUACACCCUGCAGGGCCUCAUCCGGCAGCUCAGCCAGUUCAACAGCAUCAUGAGGGACCACGGACUGGACCCCGAGGUGGUGGGCCAGGUGGCCCGCCAGCUCUUCCACUGCAUCAACGCCUUCACCCUCAACAACCUGCUGCUGCGUAAGGACAUCUGCUCCUGGAGCACGGGCAUGCAGCUCAGGUACAACACCAGUCAGCUGGAGGAGUGGCUGCGAGCCAACAACCUGUUCCAGAGCAAAGCUUCGGCUACGCUGGAGCCCAUCAUCCAGGCCGCCCAGCUGCUGCAGGUCAAGAAGAAAACGUCUCAGGACGCCGAGGCCAUCUGCUCGCUGUGCACGGCUCUGACCGUGCAGCAGAUCGUGAAGAUCCUGAACCUCUACACGCCUCUGAACGAGUUCGAGGAGCGAGUCACCGUGUCCUUCAUCAGGAACGUUCAGAGCGUCCUCCAGGACAGGAACGACCCGCCGCAGCUGCUGCUGGACACCAAGCACACCUUCCCCGUCCUGUUCCCCUACGCCCCCUCCGCCCUCGGCCUGGAGGCCGUGCACAUCCCCGCCUCGCUGGGGCUGGACUUCCUGGUCCGGUCUGGCCCCGCCCCCUCAGACUGAUGCUCGGCACUGGCCUUCAUUUCCUUUCUCUGGUUCUUCCGGGUCGACCUCUGACCCUCCAGCAGAACCGGGCUGCGGUUCGGCCCGGUUCAGUGACCCAGGAGGGUUAAAGGUCAUUUCCAGGUUCUUCCAGAUGGACGUUGGGUAGAAGAUCCGGCCCCCCCCCCCAACCCUCUGUCUCAACAAGAACCAGAACCAGAACCCGCCUAAUGUUGGAACCAGAACUCUAAACCAAUCAGAACUUCUUGUCCUCCAGAUUUCUCACUAAUCAGAACCAGAAGUUACCAAAAUAAAAGCAUGUUAGUCUGCUUCCUGUGUGAUUCCUCCUGCAGUUAAUGUGCAAAAUAUUUAAACCAGCUGAACUUUCUAUAAACAUCAUCAUUAUCUGUAAUAAAGACUUUAAUAUUUCUGUAUAA